AUGACCUAUAGACAUCUCGCAAAAGAUGAUCAAUGUAGCAGAUGUCAAGCAAGCAGUGAGACCGUCAACCAUUUGUUGUUUACUUGCCCAUACGCUCAGUUGACGUGGGCUCUAUUCCCAAUCGCGGCCUCUCCUGAUGGAGUUCUGGAUGAAUCGCAAUACUCUAAUCUUUACAGAGUACUCAACAUUGGUAGUUCCUUCCCAGCUGAGAAAAGUUUUGAGGAAUUGGUGCCUUGGAUUCUUUGGAGGUUGUGGAAAAGUAGAAAUUAUUAUAUCUUCAAGGGGAUUGACAGGGAUGCUCGUGACCUUGUGAUAAAGGCUAAAGCUGAUGCAGAGGAAUGGAGGAACAGAACGGAGGAUGAGAUUGCUGUAUCCACCACGCAUAUCCCAGCUAUGUGUCAGACUAAAUGGAUCCCGCCUCCACCUUUAUGGGUGAAAUGUAAUACUGAUGGUGCCUGGCCACAGAACGGAAGAGGUGGCAUGGGCUGGGUUCUACGUGAAUGUUUUUAUGGAUGGGAGCAAGAGCUAUACCUAAAUUACGUACACCCUUGGAAACUGAACUGGAAGCAUUGA